AUGCCCGUGUGGGGAGGUGGAAACAAGUGCGGGGCGUGUGGGAGGACCGUGUACCACGCAGAAGAGGUGCAGUGUGAUGGGAGAAGCUUCCACCGCUGCUGCUUUCUGUGCAUGGUUUGCAGGAAGAAUUUAGAUAGCACCACAGUGGCAAUUCACGAUGAAGAGAUCUACUGCAAAUCCUGCUAUGGAAAGAAGUAUGGGCCCAAAGGCUAUGGUUAUGGCCAGGGCGCUGGCACGCUCAACAUGGACCGGGGUGAGAGGCUGGGCAUCAAGCCAGAGAGUGUUCAACCUCAUAGGCCUACAACAAAUCCAAACACUUCUAAAUUUGCUCAGAAGUAUGGAGGUGCUGAGAAGUGCUCCCGAUGUGGGGAUUCCGUGUAUGCUGCUGAGAAGAUAAUCGGAGCUGGAAAGCCCUGGCACAAAAACUGUUUCCGGUGUGCCAAGUGUGGGAAGAGUCUUGAAUCAACAACUCUGACUGAGAAAGAAGGCGAAAUCUAUUGUAAAGGAUGCUACGCAAAGAACUUUGGGCCCAAGGGAUUUGGCUAUGGUCAAGGAGCAGGAGCCCUUGUUCAUGCUCAGUAA